AUGAAUGGUUUGAGGUUCAUAAUGAUGAUGAAGGGCGGCACUAGCAGAGGUCUUGGAAAGAGGAGGAAGGUGAAGUCAAUGGGUUCAGAAGGAGAGGGUAAGACCUUGAGCAGUGAGAAAAGUGAAGGAUUGGAAGGAGCUGAAGGGGAUGGUGGUAAAGAAAUAGAUAUGCAAGGGGGAGGACGAGCAGAAGGAGAGGAGAGGGAUGGAAGGCGGAAGUCUUGCGGCGUCGAGGGCAGAGGAAGGUUGGAAAACAAAGGAGGAGGAGGGGAGGUGGCUGGUGCAGGCAGAUUUGGAGAUGGUGGGAGGAGGGUGGUGGAAGAGGGCAUGGGAGGUGAAGGAGAGGGAGGGGAGGUUGGGGCUGAGAGGGAAGGUGGUGGAGGAGGAGGCGGAGAGGAUGAUAUGAGUGGUGGAGAUGACGAUCGAGGCAGCAGUGAGAGCGGGGUCACCCCACCAUCCUUUGUCCAUGUGUGCCAUCUAUAG